GCGAGUUCGACCUGGAGAUGAACUUCAUCAUCCAGGAGGCGGAGAGCAUCGGCUGCAUGGUGGAGCUGCUGUCCCACUGCGAGGUGACGUGCCAGGCGGAGAUCUGGAGCAUGUUCACCGCCAUCCUGCGCAAGAGCGUGCGCAACCUGCAGACCAGCACGGAGGUGGGCCUCAUCCAGCAGGUGCUGCUCAAGAUGAGCGCCGUGGACGACAUGAUCGCAGACCUGCUGGUGGACAUGUUGGGAGUGAUGGCCAGUUACAGCAUCACAGUCAAAGAACUGAAGCUGCUCUUCAGCAUGCUGAGGGGCGACAAUGGCAUCUGGCCCAGACACGCCAUCAAGCUGCUGUCGGUGUUGAACCAGAUGCCUCAGCGUCACGGCCCUGACACCUUCUUCAACUUCCCAGGACGCAGUGCGGCGGCCAUCGCCUUGCCGCCCAUCGCCAAGUGGCCGUACCAGAACGGCUUCACCAUCAACACCUGGUUCCGGCAGGAUCCUCUCAACAACAUCAACGUGGACAAAGACAAGCCGUACCUCUACUGUUUCCGCACCAGCAAAGGAAUCGGCUACUCGGCUCACUUCGUGGGGAACUGCCUCAUCGUGACCUCGCUCAAGUCCAAGGGGAAAGGCUUCCAGCACUGUGUCAAGUACGACUUCCAGCCCCGCAAGUGGUACAUGAUCAGCAUCGUCCACAUCUACAACCGCUGGAGGAAUUCCGAGAUCCGAUGCUACGUCAACGGUCAGCUGGUCUCCUACGGCGACAUGGCCUGGCACGUCAACACCAACGACAGCUACGACAAGUGUUUCCUGGGAUCCUCCGAGACGGCGGACGCCAACAGGGUGUUCUGCGGUCAGCUGGGCGCCAUCUACGUCUUCAGCGAAGCUCUCAAUCCCGCUCAGAUCUUCGCCAUCCACCAGCUGGGGCCCGGGUACAAGAGCACGUUCAAGUUCAAGUCGGAGAGCGACAUCCACCUGGCCGAGCACCACAAGCAGGUGUUGUACGACGGCAAGCUGGCCAGCGCCAUCUCCUUCACGUACAACGCCAAGGCCACCGACGCUCAGCUCUGCCUGGAGUCCUCGCCGCGGGAGAACGCCUCCAUCUUUGUCCACUCGCCGCACGCCCUCAUGCUGCAGGACGUGAAGGCCAUCGUGACCCACUCCAUCCACAGCGCCAUCCACUCCAUCGGCGGCAUCCAGGUGCUCUUCCCGCUCUUCGCCCAGCUGGACUACAAGCAGCUGAACGACAGCCAAGUGGACACCAGCGUGUGCGCCACGCUGCUGGCCUUCCUGGUGGAGCUGCUGAAGAGCUCGGUGGCCAUGCAGGAGCAGAUGCUGGGCGGCAAAGGCUUCCUGGUCAUCGGCUACCUGCUGGAGAAGUCCUCGCGGGUCCACAUCACGCGGGCCGUCCUGGAGCAGUUCUUGUCCUUCGCCAAGUACCUGGACGGUCUGCCUCACGGGGCGCCGCUCCUCAAACAGCUGUGUGACCACGUCCUGUUCAACGCCGCCAUCUGGAUACACACGCCUGCCAAGGUGCAGCUGUCUCUCUACACCUACCUGUCAUCAGAGUUCAUCGGCACGGCAACCAUCUACUCCACCAUCAGGCGUGUGGGCACGGUGCUGCAGCUCAUGCACACCCUCAAGUACUACUACUGGGCGGUACACCCUCUGGACUGCAGCGCCAUCACACCCAAGGGCCUCGAUGGACCACGGCCGUCCCAAAAAGAGAUCAUCUCUUUGCGAGCCUUCAUGCUGCUCUUCCUCAAGCAGCUCAUACUCAAGGACCGCGGGGUGAAGGAGGACGAGCUUCAGAGUGUGCUCAACUACCUGCUGACCAUGCACGAGGACGAGAACAUUCACGACGUGCUGCAGCUGCUGGUGGCUCUGAUGUCAGAACACCCCGCCUCCAUGAUACCUGCCUUCGACCAGAGGAACGGCAUCAGGGUGAUCUGCAAGCUGCUGGCCUCCAAGAGCGAGAGUAUUCGAGUCCAGGCCCUCAAAGUACUCGGAUACUUCCUCAAGCAUCUGGGACACAAGAGGAAGGUGGAGAUCAUGCACACCCACAGUCUGUUCACGCUGCUGGGUGAGAGGCUGAUGAUGCACACCAACAACGUCUCCAUCACCACCUACAACACUCUGUACGAGAUCCUGACGGAGCAGGUGUGCACCCAGGUGGUCCACAAGCCACACCCCGAGCCCGACUCCACCAUCAAGAUUCAAAACCCCAUGAUCCUGAAGGUGGUGGCCACGCUGCUGAAGAACUCCUCGCCCAGCGCGGAGCUGAUGGAAGUGAGGAGACUCUUCCUCUCCGACAUGAUCAAGCUCUUCAGCAACAGCCGGGAGAACCGGCGGUGUCUGCUGCAGUGCUCGGUGUGGCAGGACUGGAUGUUCUCGCUGGGCUACAUCAACCCCAAGAACCCCGAGGAGCAGAAGAUCACGGAGAUGGUCUACAACAUCUUCCGGAUCCUGCUCUACCACGCCAUCAAGUACGAGUGGGGUGGCUGGCGGGUCUGGGUGGACACGCUGUCCAUCGCGCACUCCAAGGUGACGUACGAGGCCCACAAGGAGUACCUGGCCAAGAUGUACGAGGAGUACCAGCGGCAGGAGGAGGAGAACAUGAAGAAGGGCAAGAAGGGCUCCGUGUCCACCAUCUCCGGCCUGUCCGCCUCCCCCGCCCCCGUCGUCAACGGCAACCUGGAGAUGGACGACAUAUCGCAGACGCCCGAGAGCGAGGCGGAGUACGGCGAGGGCGCCGCCGGCGACUCGCGGAACCUCCUGGCGGAGGGCGUCGUCAAGCGGCCCGACGCCCUGACGCCGUCGGAGCCCGGCGGCCCCGGCGUGAGGGUGGAGGUCCACGACCUGCUGGUGGACAUCAAGGCCGAGAAGGUGGAGGCCACCGAGGUCAAGCUGGACGACCUGGACUUGUCCCCCGAGGGCCUGGGCGGGGCCGGCGGAGGGGGCGGCAUGGAGAACGGGCCCCUGGUGGAGGUGGACUCGCUCCUGGACAGCGCCUACUGCGCCGUGGUCCAGAACCUCAACGGCGGCCUGGUGCCCAAGGAGGACGCGGCCGGGCCGGGGGCCGGGUCGGGGGCCGGGCUGGGGGCCGGGCUGGGGCUGGCGGGGGUCACGCUGGCGGACGAGGGCAACAUGGGGCCCCUCAUCACGCUGGCCGACGAGAAGGACAGCGUGCCCAGCAACAACGGCUUCCUCUUCAGCAAGGUUGACGAGAAGCUGCUUCCUGCUCUGGCUGCCAGCGACGCCCUGGUGCUGCCGAGUCCGGACCAGCCCCCCCCUCCCGGCGCCAGCGACGACCUCAGCCUGCUGGCGCACAUGACCAGCUGCGGCUCCGACUUGACCCGGGUCCACGGCGCCGGGGAGCUCCCCGAGGACGGACCCUUCAAGAUCCAGAGCCCGCUGGCGGACAUCAGCUCCAUCGCCGAGAGCCGGGCCCAGAACCGAGGAGCCUCUCAGCAGACGGACUUCCCCGAGGGACCGGCGGCGUCCGGCGCCGAGGUGGACGGCGCCGGCUCCAAGGCGGGCGGAGACGCGGCCAGCGUGACCUCGGACACGGAGAGGUCGGACGACGGCAAGGAAAAAGACGCCAAAAAGAUCCAGACCACCGCCACCACGCAGGCUCUGCACGGCCGCAGCGCCGCCCAGCUGGAGCGAGACCUGCGCGUGGAUCUGGGUUUCCGAGGCAUGCCCAUGACGGAGGAGCAGCGCAGGCAGUUCAGCCCGGGCCCCCGGACCACCAUGUUCCGGAUCCCAGAGUUCAAGUGGUCUCCCAUGCACCAGAGACUGCUCACAGACCUGCUGUUUGCCCUGGAGACUGACGUGCACGUGUGGCGCAGUCACUCCACCAAGUCGGUGAUGGACUUCGUCAACAGCAACGAGAACAUCAUCUUCGUGCACAACACCAUCCACCUCAUCUCCCAGAUGGUGGACAACAUCAUCAUCGCCUGUGGGGGCAUCCUGCCUCUCCUGUCUGCUGCCACCUCGCCCUCUAGUUCUAAGAGUAGUGCCAGCAGUGGACCCCAGAGGGGGUCAAAGGGCGAGGAGGUGACCCCUGUACCGGGGGGAGAGACGGAGCUGGAGAACAUCGAGGCGACGCAGGGCAUGUCCUCGGAGACGGCGGUCACCUUCCUGUCGCGCCUCAUGGCCAUGGUGGACGUGCUGGUGUUUGCCAGCUCGCUCAACUUCAGCGAGAUCGAGGCGGAGAAGAACAUGUCGUCUGGCGGCCUCAUGAGGCAGUGUCUGCGCCUGGUGUGUUGCGUGGCAGUGAGGAACUGUCUGGAGUGCCGGCAGCGGCAGCGAGAUCGUAACUGCAAGUCGUCUCUCAGCGGCAGCAAGUCUCAGGACAGCCUCCACAGCGCCUCGGCCGCUAGCAAGGACCCAGACCGACUCCUGCAGGACGUGGACAUCAACAGGCUCCGUGCGGUGGUUUUCCGAGACGUGGACGACAGCAAGCAGGCUCAGUUCCUGGCACUGGCCGUGGUCUACUUCAUCUCCGUGCUCAUGGUGUCCAAGUACCGGGACAUCCUGGAGCCCCAGCGGGAGAUCAGCAGGUCCACCAGCCUAUCAGGGCGCAGCAUUCGCCAGGAGAUCAACUCCCCCACCAGCACAGAACACGCGUCCUCAGGCUUCUCCGAGCGUGACAAGCAGACGCCCACCCCUGUGGACGACUCCCCUCGUGGAGGCCUCCCCCACACGGACUCGGGCAUCGGCGAGGAGGGCCACGUCACCGGAUCCCUGAACGGCUCCGAGAUGGGCCUGGGCCUGGGUCUGGGCCUGGGCCUGGUGGGACGGGAGACGGACAGGGACCGGGACGGGGGGGCGGACCUGCUGUGCAGUUUGUCCGACGUCAGGAGGUCGCAGGAGAGCCUUCUGGACUCCCCCCACAACCCGGGCGGCCCCCACCACUCCGGCCAGGCUCCGCCUUCGUCCAUUUCUAGCAUCAGUCAGACCAACAAAGGCAUCAACGUCAAGGAGAUCCUGAAGAGCUUGGUCGCUGCCCCGGUGGACGGCGGAGACUCGGGCCAGGAGUCCGGCCCGACGCCCUACCACCCGGACCCUGCCCUGAAGACUCACCCCAUGCUGCCCAUGCAGUUCCACUCCUUCGACAGGAGUGUUGUGGUUCCCGUCAAGAAGCCGCCGCCCGGCAGCCUGUCCGUCAACACCGUGGGCACGCCCACCACCGGCGCCGCCUCCACGGCCGGCAGCACGCCGAACAUCUUUGCUGCUGCCACGGCAACGCCCAAGAGCAUGAUCAACACCACAGGUGCCGCAGACUCCGCCUCCUCCUCCUCGUCCUCGUCCUCGUCGUUUGUCAACGGCGCCACCAGCAAGAACCUGCCGGCCGUCCAGACGGUGGCGCCCAUGCCUGAAGACACCAUGGAGAACAUGAGUGCCUAUUGCGAGGUGGCGCAGUGUGCGUUGCGCAGCGGUCAGACGCCCCCUGAGCUCAAGUCUUUUAGCUCCCUGGCAGGCUUCCAGGCAGCCCCCCGAGAUGCAGGACAGUGUUUUAGCAUCACCACCAAGCUGGAGCGCGCCCUGGAGAAGGUGGCCCCCCUGCUGAGGGAGAUCUUUGUGGACUUUGCCCCCUUCCUGUCCCGCACCCUGCUGGGGAGUCAUGGGCAGGAACUGCUCAUUGAAGGUACAGGUCUGGUGUGCAUGAAGUCCAGCACGUCGGUGGUGGAGCUGGUCAUGCUGCUCUGCUCUCAGGAAUGGCAGAAUUCCAUCCAGAAAAACGCUGGCUUGGCUUUCAUCGAGCUGAUCAACGAGGGAAGACUUCUGUGCCACGCCAUGAAGGAUCACAUCGUGCGCGUGGCCAACGAGGCGGAGUUCAUCCUCAACCGACAGCGAGCCGAGGACGUGCACAAACAUGCAGAGUUUGAGUCCAACUGUGCGCAGUACGCCGCCGACCGCCGCGAGGAGGAGAAGAUGUGCGACCACCUGAUCAGCGCCGCCAAGCACCGAGAUCAUGUGACCGCCAACCAGCUGAAGCAGAAGAUCCUCAACAUCCUGACCAAUAAGCACGGAGCCUGGGGGACCAUGUCUCAGAGCCAAUUGCAUGACUUCUGGCGUCUGGACUACUGGGAGGACGACUUGAGGAGGAGGCGGAGAUUCGUGAGAAACGCUUUUGGCUCCACCCACGCCGACGUGUCACUCAAAGCUAUUGAGGACUACGGCACAGAGGAAGAAGGGGAGGAGCCUAAGUCCAAAAAGAGCUUCCGCAGCCAAUCAGUGGUGGCGCAGAACCCGGAGGCGGAGUUGAUGCUGGAGGGCGACGAUGACACGGUCAGCCUUCUGCAGGAGAAAGAGAUUGACAACCUUGCAGGUCCCGUAGUGCUGAGCACGCCGGCCCAGCUGGUGGCGCCGGUGGUGGUGGCCCGCGGCACCCUGUCCAUCACCACCACUGAGAUAUACUUCGAGGUGGACGAAGAGGACACCGCCUUCAAGAAAGCUGACGCUAAAGUGCUGGCCUACUCGGAGGGUCUGCACGGCAAGUGGAUGUUCAGCGAGAUCCGGGCGGUCUUCUCCAGGCGUUACUUGCUGCACAACACGGGCCUGGAGGUCUUCAUGGCCAACAGAACCUCCGUCAUGUUUAACUUCCCCGACCAGGCCACGGUGAAGAGGGUGGUCUACAGCCUCCCGCGGGUGGGGGUGGGAACCAGCUACGGUCUGCCGCAGGCCAGGCGCAUCUCCUUGGCCACACCCCGCCAGCUCUUCAAGUCCUCCAAUAUGACGCAGCGUUGGCAGCGCAGGGAGAUCUCCAACUUUGAGUACCUCAUGUUCCUCAACACCAUCGCAGGGAGGACCUACAACGAUCUGAACCAGUACCCCAUCUUCCCCUGGGUCCUGACCAACUACGACUCGGAGGAGCUGGACCUCACGUUGCCCGGAAACUUCCGAGACCUUUCCAAGCCAAUCGGAGCUCUGAAUCCCAAGCGAGCCGCCUUCUACGCCGAGCGCUACGAGACGUGGGACGAGGACAGCACGCCCCCCGACCACUACACCACCCUCUACUCCACCGCGCACUCCACCCUCAUGUGGAUGCUCAGAAUAGAGCCCUUCACCACGUUCUUUCUCAACGCCAAUGGCGGAAAGUUCGACCAUCCGGACCGGUCCUUCUCUGGCAUCGGGCGCUCCUGGAGGAACUGCCAGAGGGACACGGCCGACGUCAAGGAGCUCACCCCGGAGUUCUACUACCUGCCCGAGAUGUUCGUCAACAGCAACGAGUACGAGCUCGGCGUGCGCGACGACGGGCUUCCUGUCUGCGACGUGGAGCUCCCCGUGUGGGCCAAGAAACCCGAGGACUUUGUGCGCAUCAACCGCAUGGCGCUGGAGAGCGAGUUUGUGUCGUGUCAGCUCCACCAGUGGAUCGACCUGAUCUUCGGCUACAAGCAGCGAGGGCCCGAGGCCGUGCGGGCGCUCAACGUCUUCAACUUCCUGUCCUACGAGGGCGCCGUCAACCUGGACGUCCUGGAGGCGCCGCAGAGAGAGGUGGGUCGCCACGGCAACGGGUCCCACAACGACGCUGACGCCUGUGUUUUACGGCGGCAGGUGAUGGAGGCGCAGAUUCAGACGUGCGGGCAGAUCCCCUCGCAGCUCCUCAUCGAGCCACACCCACCUCGCUCCUCCGCCAUGCACCUGUGUUUCCUUCCCCAGAGUCCUCUGAUGUUUAAGGAUCAGAUGCAACAGGACGUCAUCAUGGUGCUCAAGUUCCCCUCCAACUCGCCCGUCACGCACGUGGCCGCCAACACGCUGCCGCACCUCAGCAUCCCCGCCGCCGUCACCGUCACCUGCAGCCGCCUCUUCGCCGUCAACCGCUGGCACAACACCGUCGGCCUGCGUGGCGCCCCAGGAUACUCCCUGGAACAAGCCCACCACCUGCCCAUCGAGAUGGACCCUCUCAUAGCGAACAACUCGGGCACCAACAAGCGUCAGAUCACCGACCUGGUGGACCAGAGCAUCCAGAUCAACACGCACUGCUUCGUGGUGACGGCCGACAACCGCUACAUCCUGGUGUGCGGCUUCUGGGACAAGAGCUUCCGCGUCUACUCCUCUGAGACGGGGAAGCUGACCCAGAUCGUGUUUGGCCACUGGGACGUGGUGACGUGUCUGGCCAGGUCCGAGUCCUACAUCGGAGGGGACUGUUACAUCGUGUCGGGCUCCAGGGACGCCACUCUUCUUCUGUGGUACUGGAGUGGACGCCACCACAUCAUUGGGGACAACCCCAACAACAGUGACUAUCCCGCCCCCCGGGCCGUCCUGACGGGACACGACCAUGAGGUGGUGUGCGUGUCCGUCUGUGCUGAGCUGGGAUUGGUCAUCAGCGGGGCCAAAGAGGGUCCCUGCCUGGUCCACACCAUCACAGGAGACCUCCUGAGGGCCUUGGAGGGCUCCGAGCUGUGCCAGCAGCCUCGUCUGAUCUCCGUGUCCAGCGAGGGUCACUGCAUCAUUUACUACGAGCGAGGACGCUUCUGCAACUUCAGCAUCAACGGGAAGCUGCUGGCCCAGAUGGAGGUCAACGACUCCACGCGGGCCAUCUUGCUGAGCAGCGACGGACAGAACCUGGUGACGGGCGGCGACAACGGCGUGGUGGAGGUGUGGCAGGCGUGUGACUUCAAGCAGCUUUACAUCUACCCGGGAUGCGACGCCGGCAUCCGCGCCAUGGACCUCUCCCACGACCAGAGGACCCUGAUCACGGGCAUGGCGUCGGGCAGCAUCGUGGCGUUCAACAUCGACUUUAACCGCUGGCACUACGAACACCAGAACCGCUACUGAGGACCACCGAGCAGGUGGGAGGGUGUGGGGGCGGUUCUGUUCCCCCUGGCCCGGUGAUUCUGAUGGAACUACUUCCUGUGUGUGGUCUCACACACACACACACACACACACACACACACACACACACACUGAGCCCAAAGACACACACCGAGAACGGCGGCGAGGAGGCGUGGCUUCUCGCUUGGUUCUGGUUCUGUUCGUGCCGGAAGGCUUCAGACUCGAUUUGGUUUUCUCCUUCAUAACUUUGUCCAAUUUACCCGCGGCGGCCCAGUAGGAUUUGUAUUCUUUCACCGCCGCAGAUUUAGAUGAUGUAAAUAAGCUCCGCCUCUUUAAUUUAUCGUCUGUAACAUAGCGUGUAAUAUUCCCGACCACGCCAGGCCAAGUCGAGGAUGGUGAGGGCUUUUCUGCCGGAGACGUCAGCGCCGCGUUCGAUUCCCGCUUUUAUUUUUUCUACAUCCGGUGAUGGCUCUGUCAAAUAUGUACAUAAAGUCUCGCUUCGGACCCGUUUGGAGACGAAAUCAGCUGACUGACAGCUUUCACUUUCACUUUCAUUUGUUGACUUAAGGCAAAAAUCAAUGUUUGUUUUGUAUUUGCACUUUACACCAAUCGUUAUUAUUUAUUGUUAUUAUUAUUAUUAUUCUAAUUAUUAUGAUUCUAAUUCUGGUUUGGGUCCAUGGAUGUUUGUGUUUCCCGCGUGUGGCGAAGACGUUCUUCAGCAAUACGACGCGCUCAUCAUUUCAUCACGCCACAGGAUCCGCCUCCAAAAAGAAGGACGGAGAAAAAAAACAAAAUAAAAAAUAAAAAAACAAGCUGAAAUAUUUUUGGAUCUACGAAACCCUUAAAAAAAAAAAAUUGUAUUCCUGUUUUAUUGCAAAGAUGUAAAAUAUGACAUGUGUGAGUUGGGGGAGGGGAAAUCAUGAUAAGAAAAAUAAAUUAUGCAAAGAAUUUCAAGACUUGGCUUUAACUUCCCUUGACCAGCAGGGGGCGCUUAGGAGCGCUUUUAAUGGCGUCGAAAAAAAUACAUUUCAACACAAACUGACUGGAAAAUGUGUUUUGUUACAAGGACGAAGUUGUCACGUUGUGUAAAUAGUGAAUAAAAAUAGAAUACAACAAAUCCUUAACUUAUAUUCAAUUGAAUAGACUGCAAAGACAACAUAUUUCAUGUUCACACUGAGAAACUUUGUUAUUUGUUGCAAAUAUUAGCUCAUUUGGAAUUUGGUGCCUGCAACAUGUUUCAAAAAAGCUGGCACGAGUGGCAAAAAAGACUGAAGAAGUUGAGGAACGCUCAUCAAAGACUUAUUUGGAACAUCCCGCAGGUGAACGGGCUAAUUGGGAACAGGUGGGUGCCAUGAUUGGGUAUAAAAGCGGCUUCCGCGAAAUGCUCAGUCGCUCACAAACAAGGACGGGGGCGAGGGUCACCACUUUGUCAACGAAUGCCUGAGCAAAUUGUUUAAGGACAACAUUUAUCAACCAGCUAUUGCAAGGAAUUUAGGGAUGUCACCAUCUACGCUCCGUAAUAUCAUCAAAAGGUUCAGAGAAUGUGGAGAAAUCACUGCACGUAAGCCAUGAUAUUACGCACCUUGGAUCCCUCAGGCGGUACUGCAUCAAAACGCCACAUCGGUGUGUAAAGGAUAUCACCACAUGGGCUCAGGAACACUUCAGAAACCCACUGUCAGUAACUACAGUUGGUCGCUACAUCUGUAAG